AGGUCGUAAGGCGGAACAGGUCCAAAGACUAAAGGCGUGUCUUCCAUCCACCCGUGGCCAUUUCCUGCUAAGAAGCCCACCGUUCACCCUUGCUUCAUCUUCUCAACCUGGAAUUCGUCACUUCUGAGCCCACAUCUAAAUCCUGCCUUCAAAACCAGCCUUUCAUUCCUUCGUUUUUUAACCUAGAGUCUCCCCUGGGGGCUCUCGUCCUGGGCCAUGGCCCUAAGGGUGGGCCUGGGACCUGGGCAGCUGGAAGUCAUGGGCAUUCUGCUUCUUUUCGGAUUGCUCCAGACAAGAAUGGGAGCUGGCGGGACUGAAGCCUCCUGUGGUGCCGUCGUCCAGCCACGCAUCACAGGUGGUAGCAACGCGAAGCCUGGCCAGUGGCCCUGGCAGGUCAGCAUCACCUACUCCGGAGUCCAUGUGUGUGGCGGAUCUCUCGUGUCGGACCAAUGGGUGGUGUCAGCGGCUCACUGCUUCCCCAGAGAACACAACAAGAACGAGUAUGAGGUAAAGCUGGGGGCCCACCAACUGGACGCCUUCAGCAACGACACCGUGGUCCGCUCGGUGGCGCAGAUCAUCUCCCACCCAAGCUACCGUGAAGAGGGCUCCGAGGGCGACAUUGCACUCAUCAGCCUCAACAGCCCUGUCAGCUUCUCCCGCUACGUCAAACCCAUCUGCCUCCCUGCAGCUAAUGCCUCCUUUCCCAACGGCCUCCAUUGUACUGUCACAGGAUGGGGUCAUGUGGCCCCUUCAGUGAGCCUACAGACGCCCAGGCCACUGCAGCAGCUUGAGGUCCCACUGAUCAGCCGUGAGACCUGCAGCUGUCUGUACAACAUCAAUGCCGUGCCUGAAGAGCCCCACACUAUCCAGCAGGACAUGCUGUGUGCCGGCUACGUGAAGGGAGGCAAGGAUGCUUGCCAGGGUGACUCUGGGGGCCCACUCUCUUGUCCCGUAGAAGGCCUCUGGUAUUUGGCAGGCAUUGUGAGCUGGGGUGAUGCCUGUGGAGCCCCUAACAGGCCUGGAGUAUAUACUCUGACUUCUACCUAUGCUUCCUGGAUCCACCGCAAUGUGGCAGAACUCAAGCCUCGCAUAGUUCCCCAAACUCAGGAGUCCCAGCCAGAUGGCCACCUCUGCAACCAUCAUGCUGCCUUCAACUCGGCUCCAGCCCAGGGACUAAAGCCCAUGUUUUUCCUGCCACUGGGCCUGGCCCUGGGCCUCUUCCUUCUUCUGCCUUUGGUUUGAACAUUAAGCUACUUAACCCUCAAAGCUGACCAAAAGCAUCCCUAAGGACAUGUGCCUGUUUGAGAGGGCAGUGCACCAACUUGACCUUUGAGCCCAUUCUUUUAUCUGCUCUUCGGGGUUAUAAUCUAGGGCCAAGAGGUUUACGGCCUGUGGAACGGGCCAGAAAUUCUAGCUACCUUUCUCUAUUAUCUGCAGCUUAUUGGUUAGGCUCCUAUGGAGCUCCCGGAAGCCUCAACUGGGAAAAUGAGCCCUGACUUCAGCCUGUGUCUAGAACACAGGCCAGUGCCUAGCUGACUGCUGCAGAAGGCUGGCUUAAGGGCCCUACUCAUCCUGCCUGAUGAGCCCAUUACUUCGUCCUCUUCCUGUCUCCUGGGCUUUGUCUGUCUUUCAGACAGAGACGACCUCAGCCUUACUCCACUGGCUGCCAAGCCUGCUUUGAGCCCAACUCCUGGACUCCGGAGGACUGAGCCCCCACCGGAGCUGGCUGGGGCUUGGAUCAGGGUGAGGGGAUAAGCGG